AUGCUUCAAAUUAUUGCAGACUAUUUUUCAGGUGCUAAAAUAAUGAAGAACCUCAUCUCUACACUGUUAGCGCUUUCAUCUUAUUAUUGCACUGCAUUUGGGCGAUGCCAAGUAGAAACUGAAAAUGCACAACGGUAUCGACAGAAUUGUGAUUAUGAUUAUUGUGAAAAUGCAUUCGAAAAGGUUGCAGUAAGACAGGAUAUCUCAUGUUAUGAUACAAGUAUUUCUAUGGUUCAGGAGACAGUUUCUGCGGACCUAAAAACAACCAUAAUUAUAACCGAUUCAUCAAUUGAAAUUUUAGCACCUAACAGCCAAUACAAAUGGGAACAGUUGGAGGAAUUCCGAAUGCUGAAAACAAACACUAGUGAAAUAAUUCCAGGUUUUUUUAAUAGCUUCAAUAAUUUACUAGAACUGCAGAUUGUCAAAAAUAAUGUCAAACAACUUACAAGUGGAGUUUUUAGUCCUUUGUUUGCGCUUAAGCAUUUAAAUUUAUCAGAAAACGUAAUUGAAACUGUAGCACCACAUAGCUUUUCUGGUUUGUCAAAUUUAGAGAUAUUAGAUUUAAGCAAAAACAGAAUUUCAGUUUUACCUCCAAAUAUAUUCGAGUAUCAAAUAGUAUUAUCUCAUGUGGAUAUUUCUAAAAAUAAUCUCAGUAACAUUGGAAAUAUAUUCAGCUCAGAUAAAAUAAGUUUUUUAAAUGUAUCACAUAAUUAUUUAAUUGAUAUAAAUAUAUCACAAUUCCAUGUUUUAACAAUACUCGAUUGUUCUUUUAAUAUGAUCGAAAAUGUUGUUGCAAAUGGCACGUCUGAUUAUUCUGUAAUUGAGCAAAUUUAUCUUUCAUAUAAUAAAAUAAGUAAACUUCCAAAAAUAGAAAACAUUCGAUAUCUCAACAUAAGUCAUAAUUCUAUACACAGCAUUGAUACAGAUGUUCUAGGUGAUAAAAUUAUAAGUCUUGAUAUAAGUCAUAACCAUAUAUGCAACGUAACCACGGGAGCUUUUCAGAAGUCAAUCAAUUUACAAUAUCUUUAUUUUGAUCAUAAUAAUUUAACAUCUUUGUCAAUUGACAUUUUCUAUAAUUUACUCCAACUUGAAUAUUUAGAUUUAUCUUCUAAUCAAAUAAAACAAAUUCCUUUUGGCUGUUUUAAUGAUUUAGGAAAUUUAACUUACUUAGAUUUGUCUGAUAACAAUAUGAAUCUACAGUUCCAUACUUUCUCGACUUUAAAGUCAUUAAACACAUUGAAAUUUCAAAAUAAUAAAGUCGUUUCUUUUGAUUUAAACACAAUAUUAUUGCAUUUCAAAAAACUAAAAUAUAUUACGUUAAAUGACAACUCUUGGAAUUGUAGUGGAUUAGCCUCGGUAAUACAACAGCUUCAAUUGAAUAAUAUUAGCUUUAUGCGUGGCCAAAAUACCAACGUUAGCAAUAUUUUAGGUAUAUCUUGUACAGAUGAUACGUUUCUGAAAGAAGAUAUAAUUUCAAUUAAAAGAACUAACGAGAAAUCUAAUAAUAAGGAAAUCGUAUAUUCUGUACCAGCAGAAAGUAUUGAUAAUAUCAUGAAAAAUACAAAAUUUUUCAAAUAUUUACAAACUAUUGCUGAAUAUGUUUCCAAAAAUAUAUCGAACGAUCUUAAUGUUUUUGGAGGUAAAAAUGUUAAAAAUACAACUUUUUUCAAACUAAUGAAUAAUUUCGCAACAAACACUUCAAAUUCAAUAAGAGAUAUAGCAUUAAAUGUUAGUAAUUUUACUAAGAAUAUGAAUGAGAGUUCAAGUAAUUCAGCAAAUAAACUUGAAGCUAAUUUAGUAAGAUUUUAUAAUGGAAAUGAAAGAGCUGCCAACGAAACACAAAAAUUAAUGUACAAACAAAACGAUAUUUUAGAGCAAAUAUUAGCAAAAAAUGCAUCUAAUAUUAAUUUAUCUACUAAACAAAAUGAAAUUUUGAGUAACAUAAAUCGACUAUUAUUGUUGAAUUUGAAAUCCACACCGGUUGCUGAAAUUAAGCCGGUAGAAUCGAGUGCUGCCCUAAUAGGCGAACCUCAUGACGUUGAUACAUAUAAAGCAUUUAAUUAUUUGUAUUUAAUUAUAAAUAAUAUUUUGUUAGUAAUUAUAGUUUGUUGUAUAUUAUUAUUAGGUUAUGGUAUGUAUUUUAAACUUAACUUAAUGCCUGUUAAUUCCAAUCAAGAGCAGGUUCAGUUAAUGUGAAUUAUUUUGUAACGUCUUUAUUUUUAUUUUUUGGAAUGCUGGU